AUGCCGUCCUUUCAUGCUGACGUCACGUCCGCACCCGACCCUGCGAGAGUCAUGGAGCUCCUUUCAUCCAUGUCCGAAAACGACCGCGAGGCCAUCAUGAAGCAGGCGGAGCAGAUGAUGGGAAAUCUCUUCGGCCUCGGCGGUGGAGGAGCUCCCAAGAACGCCUUAGAACGUUUCCAGGCAAAGCGGCGGGCGAACGCACAGAAAAUGGCGCAAAGGCCGGGCUCCUACACCGCAAACAUGACGUUCUCCCACAGUUACGACACGAAGCCGCAAGGAGGAGUUUUGGAGAGCUUGUCCAUAACAAGAAUCUCGGAGCUCUCCGUGGGCACCACACACAGAGGUUGCCGCCUUGUCGGGACAGUGGCGGAAGAUCCCGAUUUUAUCGCCUCCGCGGCCUUUGUGUUGGAGGACAUCUUUGGUGACUACGUGGAGGUGGCCGUCUACAACGUGCCGGCGGAGGCGGCGAUGCGACUGUACUGCAAGGGCCGUGUCCUCUCCAUCGCAGAGCCGUACUACAAGAUCCGAGCCGAUGGCACCGACGGAAUCCGCGUGGAGAACCCGGCCGAGCUGCAGGAGACCCAGCUCCCCAGCAGUGCUGCCAGCUGGCGUGAGGUCGGCAACCAGUUCUUCAAGAGCAAGAAAGUCGACUCCGCAACGGAGUGCUAUGCAAGGGGCCUGCAGGCACACCCUGAGGUGCCCGUGGCGAUGCUUCUCAGCAACCGAUCCCUCUGUGCCGCUAAGGCGCAAAACUGGCUCUCGGCCCUGCGCUGUGCCAGCGUGGCGACUCUUCUCGAUCCCAAGAAUGCCAAGGCCAGGUACCGGCAGGCGGAGGCUUUGUGCCAUCUGAGCCCUGCUUCGGGUCAGCUCUUGGUGCAGCAGGGGCUGCAAACCUGGCCCGAGCUCAAGGCCCUGCAGGCCUGCACGGGCAGUUGCCGAGAUGCUGACCCGGAGGAGUGGGCCUGGCUACCCGGCGUGGUCCAGCAAAACGAAGGCAUCCUUCAAGGUGGUGGAAUGGAGGGCCAGACGCAGUCGCCGCUGGCGGAGCGCUUGAAGGCAGCUCACGCCUUGAAACUUCGUGGGGGUGAGGCCUUCAAAGCCGGAAAGCCUGAUGUGGCGGACUCCCUCUACGAGGAGGCCUUGCGCAUCUUGGCUCCCGAGCUCCAGGAAAACGCCUUGCUUGCUGCUGCGGCGGCGGCGCGCCCGGUCGCUGCCAAGAGCACCGAGGAGCAGCUGAGGGAGAGGGAGGCGGAAAUGACGAACGACGGCUUCAAGCUGCUCUCCAACUCUGGCGACCAGAAAGUCAUGAUGCAGCAGAUGAUGAAGAUGCUGCCCAAGAAGGAGCUUGCGAAGAUCUUUGGCCCACUUGCUGCCAGGGAGGUGCCUUCCUUCCACCUGGACUUUCCCAAGGAAUUCGGUUGGCCAGUGGCUGUGGAUGUAGCACGCGCAGCCAAGCUGCUGGAAGUCGCGUAUUCCAUCGCAACUACCUCGCCAUGGAUGAUGAACCAUGCCAUCAAGACGGGUGACUUUGAGUUCGAGUUCGAGGACUGUCAGAAGAGGUUCCACUUCGGCGGCCUUGGGCUGAAGCGAAUGGAGCUUGUCUUCCAGGAGGGGCGGCAGUUCACACCCGGUGAUGUCCUCGACAUGGAGUUCUGCAGCCAGGACUUUAAGAUGCAGUACGACACACGGAUACGCAACAGCUUUGCCAACAGCUUGAACCGCAAGGAGAUUAUGCAACAGGGGACCGUGCAUGUCGCUGUGGGCUUCAACGACCUUGGGGCCCUUCUGACGGCCGAUUUCCGUGCGAGCACGCAACAUGACCAUGGUCCCUUGCGGUUCAUCGGCUACGAGAUGAACGCCUUCAAUGUGGCCAAGACCCGGAUCGUCGAAAGGCUCCUGAAGGACCCCCAGGUUCCCUUGACAAUACCUCUCCAAAUCUGGUUCUCCUCUGCAUGGACGUCCCUUGCAGAGGAGGCUUUCCGGCGCGCGGCAGGGGCCGCUAUGGCCUGCGCGACGCCAGCCGACCUUGAGGUGAAGGCAUACUUUAGCCACUGGAUUUCAGCAGCACCGGUCUCGCUUAGCGAGGCACGCGCCCUGUGGCUGGACUACCACGAGGAUGGCCGUGACUGGUCCGCCAUCGCAAGCAUGGCACGACAAAAGGACCGCAUGGCCUUGUGCCACUACUACCUCACGGGCGAUGUCCUUGGCGGUGAGAUCCCAAACACUGGCAGCCUGGCUAUGUGGAGUGUGCCGCAGGGGUCCCCCCCACUGCAGAAGGGGGAGAGCGCCUUCAACGCCGUCUCGCUCGAGGACUUGCUGAAGGAGGUCGGCACCGAGACAGGGUCCAACAUCCACGUGGCCAUGGAGGCCUUGCUGCUUCGGCGUCUGCAGCGUCUUCGUGGUCUCCUGCAAAGGGGUGAGGUGCAGAUUGAGCUUCACAAGGGAAUGCUGAGCUUUGACAACAAGGCCCUGCUCUCCCAAAUUGCGGAGCUUCGGCCCUGGACAAUGUCAUGGUCCAACGUGCUAGACCACAUGCACUUGCGCGACUUCCAUGACAUGGCUCGUGCCUGCUCCAUCCACGGCGACACCAUCCACUACGGCUACUCCAUGAACUGGAUCACAGGAGUGUGGGGGACCUGCAUCAUGGACUUUCCUCAAGAGAUGAGAGGCGAGCUCAUAGACCUUUCUGACAAAGGCCUCAUAGAGGCCGGACACCUCUCCCUCGAAGGCCUGCCCCGCUCCGACAUGCUCCUGGUGGUGCCCCCCCAUGACACCCCGCUGAACUACACCAGCUUCGUCCUCUCCCUGCCGCACAGCUCCAAGUGGGCGGACUACUUCUGCUCCGCCGCACUUGGCACGCCGGUGCCACAGCUAGGCCAGGCUUCCCCCUUGAGCCUCUUCUGCCCUUUACAUCAGGUUAGCACCUCAAUUAGCCUAACCUGGAGCUAUGAUCCGGAGAUCAGUUUCAAGGCCGCGAGCGCAUGA